AUGGUCUCCCGGACUGUGUACAACCUGUGCCAUGGCGACCACACCGUCAGCUCGGAAGUCGCGGGUGACUCAACAAAGGCUCCAUACAAGGUCUUCAAGGAUCUGUUCGAUAUUAAGGAUGUCGACAAGAGCCCCGAGCUAAAUGGUGAUUCGAAAGACGCGGAAAGCGAUGAAUUGCGCAAGGCCAAAGAGUGCGGGAAUUGGGGAGGUGCCGAACCGAGUCGGUUGUUUCUGAGGAUCUACCACGACGCGCUCGCUACGCUGAGCAGGAAUCCCCUUGGAGGUGUGGUUUCUCCGCCGCUAAUGGGGAGCAAUGGCGUCGUGCCACUGACGAUUGUCGCGCCCUUGCCGGAUAUUUGCCGGCACAUGGCGAAUUGCAUUGUGCGCGCGGAGAAGGAGGUAUUCCUUGCGACGAACUACUGGAUCUUCUCGGAUGCGUCGACCCUGAUUACGAAUGCCUUGAAGGAGUUGUCGAGGCGCGCGGGAGAGCGCGGGGAGAAGGUCGUUGUGAAGACCCUCUAUGACCGUGGUGAUCCUAAGCAGGUCUGGGAGAACCGUCUUAAUGUGGACGAGAAAAAGUACGCGACUGGGAAGGUCAACCUCCCUGCUCCAGACGAGGCUCCGCAUCUCGAUAUGCAGGUGAUCAACUAUCAUCGCCCGAUCUUCGGGACAUUCCAUGCCAAGUUUAUGAUUGUAGACAGGCGCAUUGGGUUGUUGCAGAGCAAUAACAUCCAGGAUAAUGACAACAUGGAGAUGAUGAUCCGUGUUGAGGGUGCCAUUGUGGAUUCGUUAUACGAUACGGCACUGAUCUCAUGGGGGAAGGCGCUGGAGCCGCCGUUACCAAUGCUGAACUCUCCUGCAGCGGGGGCCCCUCUGUCUGGUGCCCAGGUGCAUGCCAAUGGCGAGUAUGAAGCGGAUGCUUUCCUACCACAGCUGACGACUGAGGAUGAGCAUUAUGAUAAGGACAUCAUGGCCGAAACGAAAAGAGAGAAUGGGUUGCUCAUGCCCGUGGAGGGGGAGUCAUGGGCAAAGCCGGUCACUCGCUUACUUAAUCAUACGCGUCAGAAGUCGACAACGGGCGAUGCGCCCGACGAAGACCAAGAAGACCGGAUGGGGCCCUACAUUCUCACACCACAGCACGAACCAAUCCCAAUGGCCUUGGUAAACAGGGAGCCGUACGGGUCCCCCGAUCAUACCAGUACGGUUGUGCCACAAAACGCAGCAUGGCUGGCCGCGAUCAACCACGCCGAACACUCCAUCUUCAUCCAAACGCCCAACAUGAACGCAGAACCAUUACUAGAGCCUUUGGUCGACGCCGUUCGCCGCGGAGUAACUGUCACUUGCUAUCUCUGUUUAGGCUACAACGACGCAGGCCAACUCCUUCCUUUCCAAAAUGGAACGAACGAAAUGAUCUCCAACCGCCUCUACACCUCCCUCAACACCCCCGAAGAACGAUCCCGCCUACGAGUCUUCAACUACGUCGCAAAAGACCAGACCCGACCCAUCCACAAUAAAUUCAAGAAACGAAGCUGCCACAUCAAGCUCAUGAUCGUCGACGAGGCGGUCGCCAUCCAAGGAAACGGAAACCUCGACACCCAGUCCUACUACCACAGCCAGGAAGUCAAUCUCCUCCUCGACUCGCCGCUUGUCUGUCGGACUUGGCGCGACGCGAUAGAUCGGAACCAGAAUACUGCCAAAUACGGCCUCGUUAGUCCUGACGAUGGGUGCUGGCAUGAUCCGGUGACUGGGGAGCUGCCUGAAGGGUCGAUAGGGCUUGACCCGGGGAGAUUUAGCUGGGCGAAGGGGGCUGUGGGUGUUGUACAUAGAGUUCGGGGGACGGGUGGGUUUUGA